AUGGCUGAUACUAAAGUAGAAAUUUCAGCUGACAGCUCGACUGCAGCACAAAAUGCAAAUGUGGCUUCACAGCCGAACAAUCCUCUGUCGAGGAAGCUUAAUAAGAUAUUAGAAACCAGACUUGACAACGACAAGGAGAUGCUUGAGGCUCUGAAGGCGUUGUCGGUGUUCUUCACUGAAAACAGUUUACGCACCAGGAGAAAUCUUCGCGGGGAUAUAGAGAGGCGAAGUCUGGCGAUCAACGAGGAGUUUGCGCUAAUAUUUAAAGAAGUAAAAGAGGAGCUUGAAAGUGUUCACGAGGAUGUCCAGGCGAUGAGCACAUGUUGUGAAGAAAUGACCAAUAGAUUAAAGGCUGCAAAAGAGCAAACACAGGACCUCAUAGUGAAAACCAACAAGCUGCAAGGAGAAAAUCAGCGUCUGGAGGUGAGGGCUCAGGUUGCUCAGGCAUUCCUCACCAAGUUCCAGCUAUCUAAUGAGGAGAUGGCCACACUACGAGGGUCUCGAGAUGGACCCAUUACUGAGGAUUUCUUCAAAGCUCUCAACCGAGUGAAGCACAUUCAUGAAGAUGUGAAAAUCCUCCUGCGAACUAACCAGCAAACUGCAGGGUUAGAGAUCAUGGAGCAGAUGGCAGUGUUACAGGAGACCUCAUAUGAGCAGCUCUACCGCUGGGCUCAAAAUGAAUGCAGGGGACUGACCCAGGAGACAUGUGAUAUCAGCCCCGUCUUAACUCAAGCCAUGGAAGCCUUGCAGGACCGACCUGUUCUUUACAAGUACACUCUGGAUGAGUUUGGCACUGCACGCAGGUGUGCCGUGGUUCGAGGUUAUAUCGACGCCCUCACCCGUGGUGGGCCAGGAGGAACUCCCCGCCCUAUAGAGAUGCAUUCACAUGACCCUUUGAGGUAUGUUGGGGAUAUGCUGGCCUGGCUGCACCAAGCCACUGCCUCAGAGAAAGAGCAUCUGGAAGCUCUGCUGAAACAAGUCACUCUGCAAGGCGUGGAGGAUAACAUGCAGGAAGUGGUUGGACACAUUACAGAAGGAGUCUGCAGGCCGCUAAAAGUUCGGAUAGAACAAGUCAUAGUAGCAGAGCCAGGCGCUGUUCUUCUUUACAAGCUGUCCAACUUGCUCAAGUUCUACCACCACACCAUCAGCUCAAUCAUUGGAACCAGUGUGGCCUCCUUGCUCAUCACUAUUGAGGAAAUGCACUCACUCAGCAAAAAGAUGUUCUUCAACAGUCUAAGCCUUCAUGCAAGCAGACUCAUGGACAAGGUGGAGCUACCACCUGCAGACCUGGGACCUACAGCCUCCCUCACUCAGACCCUCUCCCUUCUCAGGGAGGUGUUGGCCUCCCACGACUCCUCAGUAGUUCCUCUGGAUGCUCGUCAGGCUGACUUUGCUCAGGUUCUUUCUUGCAUACUGGACCCCCUCCUACAGUUGUGUACUGUGUCAGCCAGUAAUCUUGGCACAGCUGACAUGGCUACAUAUAUGGUCAACUCACUGUAUGUCAUGAAGACCACAUUGGCCCUCUUUGAAUUUACAGAUAAGAGGCUUGAGAUGCUCGAGUUCCAGAUCGAGGCUCACCUGGACACUCUGAUCAACGAGCAGGCAUCCUACGUGCUGACCAGAGCCGGACUAAGUUAUAUCUACAACUGUGUCCAGCAGCACAGUGCUGAACAGGGUGCUCUGUCCCUCCUCCCCGGCAUGGACAGCUCUUCUGUGAAGGCGGCAAUGGUCCAGUUUGAUCGGUACUUGUCGUCCCCUGACACGCUUGUGAUGCCGCAGCUCAACUUCCUGCUAAGUGCAGCCAUCAAGGAGCAGAUUUUCCGCCAGUCGACGGAGUUGGUUUGCCGAGCCUACGGGGAGGUUUACACAGCUCUGACCAGCCCAGCUAAUGCCUACAAGGACCCAGAAAACCUGGUGCCCAGAUCCCCUCAGCAGGUUCAGACCUUGCUGUCCUGAGAGACACUUUUGUGCCACUUUGUUGAUCUCAAAUACACCAGGCGAAGCACAGGCCCAGCAAAGGUCGGGGUAUUUAAAGAGCCAUAUAGGUUGUAUAGUGUAAGAACAUCAAAGUAUAUAAAACCAGGAGUAAAGGUGGGGUACUUUCUGGGAAAUGUGGGAUGUGGGUCACUGACCUCAGAGAGAGACAGGAUCUGUAAUAUAGAGAGCAUUAUAUGUAUAUGCUGUAUGAUGUUUUCACUGCGGCUUUCUAUCUGUUUUAACACUGUGUACUCUUUGGGUUCUAUAAUUGUAUCUGUACUGAAAAUAUUGAACAUUAUAUAAAACAAAACAAAAAAUAA